UUGGAUGGAGUAAAAUUGGUGGUUAUAUAAAAAUAAUAAGCGGUUGGGGUGAAAAAGGAAAAGGGAUAAAGAGUUGUGUACAUGUUUGACGUUUGCAAUUGAGGUGCAUGCAUGGUUUGGCACGCCAUUGAUGAGGAAACUGUGUCCGAAUUUCGAGAAGGUGGAUGGGUUGGAGACGGUGCUGGAGGUGCCCAUUCCGGAGGACAUGUGGACGAGCAUCGGCAGCAGCGGCUCCAACCGCUGGCAGAACCUCCGCGCCCUCAUGAGAGCUCAGCACAAGUCCUUACCCUCUCAAUCCCAUCUCUCCGCUUCCACCAACAACGAAUUCCUCGCUUUGCUCAAGCUCGUUGGCUGCCCCUUCAUCCCUCUCCAGGUCCAAUCCGAUCACACCUUAACUCGCCCCUUCCAAGGUUCUUCCAUCGAAGCUUCCAGUGCCAAAUAUAUAGUGCAGCAGUACAUAGCUGCGAUUGGAGGAGUGGGCGCAAUGGAUUCCUUGAAAAGCAUGUAUGCGGUGGGACAAGUCAGAAUGUCUGGCUCCGAGAUGCGUCAAGGGGGUGAAACCGUUAAACCAAUAGGCAGGGCUGAAGUAGGGGGUUUUGUCUUGUGGCAAAAGAACCCAAAUUUGUGGCACUUUGAAUUGGUUGUCUCUGGUUUCAAGGUUAGUGCAGGGAGUGAUGGCAAGGUCGCAUGGAACCAAUCUUCUUCUCAACUUAGUCAUGCCAACCAAGGCCCCCCUAGACCCCUUCGCCGCUUCUUUCAGGGGCUGGAUCCAAGGUGUACAGCUAACUUGUUCAUAGACGCUGUAUGUGUAGGAGAGAAAACCAUCAACAAUGAAGAUUGUUUUUUACUCAAGUUAGACACAGCACAUGACAUCCUCGAAGCCCAAAACACUUCCCACACUGAAAUUAUAAGACACACGGUGUGGGGAUACUUUAGCCAGCGCACAGGGCUACUUAUCAAAUUCGAGGAUACCAAGUUGGUAAGAAUGAAACCUGCCAAGGGAAACGAUUCUGUUUUCUGGGAAACUAGCAUGGAAUCUGUGAUUGAGGACUAUAGGUAUGUGAAUGGCAUUAACAUAGCGCAUGGUGGCAAAACAGUGGCCAUCUUAUAUAGGUAUGGUAUGGCGCAUAAUCACCAGCGGAGAAUUGAGGAAACAUGGAGGAUCGAAGAGAUUGAUUUUAACAUUUGUGGCUUGUCCAUGGAUUGCUUUUUGCCUCCCUCUGAUCUCAAGAGGGAACAGCAUGGUCUAGAGCAAGUAGGGUAGUUGGAAUGAGUUAGGAUCUUCCUUUCUUUGUUGUUGUACCUAUUACAUAGACAAGCAUAUAGCUGAAUGUGUAGAGCAAGUAGUGCAAGAAAAUUUGUUGGUGUACCUAUUGCAUAGACUAGCGUAGAAGAAUGCAAAAAGUCUGUAGUUUAGUUAAAUUUAGGGACACAAUCAGUACAUAAAAAUUUGAAUUCCCUCACAUUUUUCACCUAAAAAGUUUGGCCACAGACAACGGGGCAUGGCUCCAAGUACUUUUUUCAAUUGUUUCAUUGAAAUCAUGGAUCAGUUUAAGUGGGAUUUACUCGUUGGUGUGGUUUUUUACUCAAACGGUGAAAGUCAUCGUUUCUCUUGAUCCUUUUGUGCUAAUAACAUGGGUAGGGAGUUAAUGACUCACUUAUAUUAAC